AUGGCAUCCCUGACGUCUUCCAGCCGCAGGUCGUCCUCGUCCUUCCACUCAUCAUCCCGGUACAGCACCUCCAGCUCAUACCGGUCAGAGGGCUCACUGGGUGGAUCGUCUGAUUCUCUGGAUCCCCUCUUUGAGCCGUUUCUGGACUCCACUCACUCCAGCCUGUUUGGAGAAGAGGGCACUGGGAGUCCAAGCCUGUUGGCCCCCCUCAGCAGACCCAGCAGACCAUCCUUUGGACACUCUGGUGAGAUAUUUUUAACAGUUAUUUAAUCAUAUAAAGAAUCAGGCAUUUCAUCAACGUCUUUGAUUGUAGAAAAAUCUCUUCCAUCAGAAGUCCAUAACAUUUCAGGUGACGUGUUUUAAGGCUCUGGUGAGUUUGGCCUAGCUACUUGCUGGGUUGUUCUGAGCAUGUGCUUGUGAUUUCUGAAAAAUAAUUUAAUCCCUCUUUUUUAUUGUUUACCCUACAUUUCUGAAGGCUUUUUCCUCCUAAGACCUAUUUUACUUUAACCUUUCAUUAUGUCAGUCUGGGACUUAAAUGGAUUGGUUUGUAGCUCAAGAAACUACUUAUUUAUCACAUACUGGCAUCACUGAAAUCCUCAUUUAACCACCAAUCAAACUCUGACAGAAACACUUGACUUUGGCUGUUUUACAUUAAUGUAAGGUUGGAGGUGUCACACAGCUUUGGGGUUAUUUAAUUGACUUAAAAGUUCUACGUUUAUAUCCCAGUGUCACUCAGGAUUAGCUCACUAAUAUUCAUUGUCACUGGCAGAUAUGUUUAUAGCCACUGUCAUAGUGCUAAUGUAUAUCAACUCUACUGUAAGCUGAGCUCAACUGCGCCUUCCUUCCUGGCAGGAUAUAUCAAAAGUUUAACUCAUCAAUAGAUCUUCAGAUUACAUCCUUUUGAUGGUGUAGUCGUCAUCUGGUUGUUGUGUGCUUUUGUAGUGUGGUAGAGGUCUGUGUUUGGAGUGGUGUAUUCAUGCUUGAUCGUGGCUUUGAGCGAUGUUUAAUGACCUCAGGGACAGAGGAGGUUGCUUGUCUCUGGAAAUAUUAUUUUUGAGGUUGCAAGCUGAAAGGUUUAGGAGCUCCUGCUCUGCAGAUGCAGACUAUAAAAAUGUUUAGCUGCUGCAGUAAAGCUCUCAAAUCAUUACAGCAUGUGUUUUGUGACUGAAAUGUUUUUUGUUGUAAUGGUGAAUUCAUUACACAAGAAAACAAACGAACUCAUCCUUUGUCAUCAGGUUUAUAAGCUCGACUGGAGCAGUCGGAGCUUUAGUGCCUCGUUCAUGAGCACCUUGGCUGCAUUUUCUGAGGCUCAAGGUCUGUGGCCUUUUUCAUUUAUGUCCUGCACUGGCAGGAGAGGAGCAUUACCUUCACACAUUACAGCGAUGGGAUGACUGAAAGAAAAAAAUGCCUCAGAGAAGAAAAAGACCGCAGCUCAGACAAAGUAAUGAGCUGGAGAUGUAACAGCCUCUGCACUCCGUGUUAAAAAAGCUGGUUCGGCUCCAGACAUGGUCUACAGGGCCACAUAAAGAACUGAACCGAAGGUGGAAACAGGGAAGUGCUAACAUAAAACAUGGCCGCUUUCCAAGAGUUAUUAUGAGGUGUUAAUACAGUUCUGCUGCCAGUCAUAAAACAAAGGUUUAUGACUGAGAUGAGUCUUCAGGCCGAUUAAAACGUGAUCAAUAAUUGAGUUUUAUCUUGAUUUCACACUAGCUCAUGUGGAAUAUUACAACUCCAGCACGUCAUAUUAAACAAUAAAGAAGAUGCACAUGUUAGAUGUCCCUCCUGGGUCUCCACUCUAGUAAAACUUCUCUUUCCAGACAGCCGGUAAAACAAAUUUACAGCCAAAACCAGAAGCUUCAGUCUCUCAUUGCUGUUAAACGUGUUUGUGCUGUAGUCUGAACAUAAAGUACAAAAAAUAAGAGAGUAAUAAAGCCCGACUGGAAAGUAACCUGUUUAAUAAUCAUAUUAAAUGAAUAUAAGCCACAUGACGAGCUGCAGGACUUCAAAAAAUGAUAAAUUAAUCACCGGUCUGGUGGAGGGGAAACUCAAAUAAAGCAGCAUGGUUUUACUUUAUAGCGGUCCUUUAAAAAAAAAAAAAAAGUUUUCAUCUUUUGUUUCUUUUGUUUAAUCCAAGUCAAAAUCUUUUUAUUUCAGAUUUUUUAUUACAUCCCUGGAGUCUUCUUUUCUGACUAACACUGAAACUAAUUCAAAAGUGACAUAUAGAUAUUGCUGUAAUGAAGUAAUAACAAACUUUAAAGUUUGGUUCAAAAUUAAAAGUCCUUUAAAAAUGAACCCAAAUCAAAGUCAUGUGUUUGUUUUUUCAAAAUGAAAAUAAAUACUGCUGUGACAGUUUUCUGCAAACCACUUUGAUUUGGACCCAGAUGAGGAAAAAGAGGAGUGUGUUUUAAAGAGUCGAAGGUGGAGGCAACAGCUGACUGAGUGGUAAAACCUGAAUCCAGCAGACUUGUACACAGAACUGGACUGAAGUUAUUCACUGAGGCUGGGUGACAAACCUUAGGGGUUCAGACUGGUCAGUGUGGUUUGGGACCAAGACUGGAAGGAGGAGGGCAGUUAGUCCACUGGUGAAAUGAUAAAAAAUCAUCUAAUAAGACAGGAGUUAAGAGAGACAAGCUACAGUUGGAGCAUCAGAGACCAUCAAGUAUGAAGUUGCUGUCUGGGGCUUGACGUGUUGCCACCCAAUUUAGACUGCAAGAAAUAAACAGUUUAAGUCAGAUCCAUGAUGACCUAUUUAUAUUUUAGCUAAGAGACAUGCGUCAAGACAGUAAAGGUCCUUACACACCGGGAACGACGCAAAUAUACAACGCGAAAUUACAAAAUAUUCUGAGGCGAAUUUUGACGCGCCUGACAAUACACAUCAAGCGCGAUGCGAUUUUGCAACUUACUGGGGGGAAAAGACGCUAGAAGACUGACACAACAUCAGACUGAGUGUUUUUCAGUUCUGAUUAGAUACUAGUGUUGAGAUGUCUGUCUGUCAUGAUAGCAUGUACUGAGUCGGGGCCAGUACCAGAUAAGCACAUUAAAAUAUAAUCCAUAAAUGUAAGGUAGCAACCGAGACCUAAUGGUGCUGUGACAGCAACGCAAUUGAGUUUGAGACAUUGAAAAUACACAUGGUAUGUUGUAUCUGAACAGGUUAGCUUACAUGCUAAAGUUACUUUUAGCGACACGUAAACAAUCAGCCAGUUGGCCACGUCGGAUAUACCAGUGAAUCUGAUGUUGCAACAACACAAAAUCUGAUUGGUCAGAAGUGGACACACAAUAUGCGAAACUUUAGAAAAUCCGACCAUGAUACAAAAAAAUAAAGGCUGCAGUAUCGCAGGACAGGAUAACGUCGCUGAUGUGAACGUUUGUAUAUGGGUUUGAAAAAAAAUAUUGACUUCGGAAAUAAUCGAGAAAAAAAAAUGCUCCCGUGUGUAAGGACCUCAAGUGGGCUUUCCACUUGAUGGUACUUGAUACCAGGUACUUUCUGAGCAGGUACUUUCACACCACCUAAGGUUCCAAGAGAGUUGAGUCGAGCUGAAAGGCCAAAUUUAUUCUUAUUUUUGUUUACUUUUAGUUGAGUUCUUGAAACCAUCCUUGUCAUACUCCAGAUGUUCUAUCAGGCCGUCAGUAAUUUUAAAGACACUCUUCCUGUGUGUGUUUUUUCCCAGCUGUUUCUGCAGGUGGCGCUGUGACAGCCCGACAGAGCAGCACAGGUGGUGGCGUGCAUUGUCUGGGAGACAGCUACUAUGUGUCAGCUAAUGUGGGCCAGUUUGAGCCUCACGACAUUGUGGUGAUGGCCUUCAACCACCAUGUGGUCAUUCAUGCCCAGAAGGUGUGUGUUUGCAUGCAUGUGUGUGGCUUCACUAGUGGUUGUUACACAUCUGCUAUCAAAUCUCUCUGCAUGAAAAGUUCUUGAGAAUCACUGAUGGCUGAAUUUGGGCACCAGCGUUUUUUCUAGUCCAGCGGUGUCCGGACAAGCUGCCCGUCUCACCCUUUCUCUAUCUUCCUUUCUCUGCGCCUUCACAGUUUGACAGAAAUCAACUUCAAAAGGUGAAAGAGUAAAAGAACAAGAAUGACAAAGAGGAGAGGAAGCGUUUUAACUUGGGUCAGCAGACAAAUUGGCCAAAACCAGCAACCAUUAACUCACUAUAAAGGCUUUUUACAGCAAGACGUCUUCAGACAGAACUAACCAGUGUUGGUCUCUCGCUCGCUUUCUCUCUUCAGGCCAAGCAGCGCUGACCUUUCACAUCUCUCCCUUCAGCUGCUUCUCACCCUCUCCUCUCGGCCUCACACCUCUCUCAGCCCUGCUGUUCCUCUCACUUCCUCUCCUUCGCAGUUGGAUGACCUAUCUUCAUCCCCCCUAGUCUUACAGCUCGUCCUCGUUCCUUCCCUCUUUAUAUCUCUUUUUAUGACUUGUAUCUCUGUCUUUCAGAUUCUGGAUGAUGGAAGCAUCAGUGACACUUUUACCCAUAAGUCCCUGCUCCCAGAGGAUAUGGACCCGCUGUCUGUCAGUGGGAACAUAAAUCCUGAUGGUACCCUGGUUGUCAGCGUCAGUCGGACGGCAGCUCAGGGUGGACUGGAGUCACCAAGUGUCCCCAUGUACCGCAGUGAAGCUCACCUUUGA